ACAGGGUUUCUCUGUGUAACCUUGGCUUUCCUGGAACUCACUCUGUAGACCGGGCUGGUCUUGAGCUCACAGAGAUCUGUCUGCCUCUGCCUCCCGAGUGCUGGGACUAAAGGCAUGCAUCACCACGGCCUGUCAAUUUUACAUUUAUUUGUGUAUGUAUGUAUGCAUGCUCUGGCCUGCAUGUGGCAAUCAGAGGACAGCCUGCAGGAGUUGGUUCUCACGUGCAUUACAGGGAUGGAAAUGAGGUCCUCAGUCUUGGUGGCAGGCACCUUACCCACUGAGCCAUCCCACUGCCACCCUGUUAACUUUCAACAACAAUUGACAGCAGGGAAUCUGGAGACUUACUAGAGGGACUUCAAAGUUUCUUUCUGAAAUGACAUGGGAUUGAAAACAGGAAGGUAAAUUUCCUAAGAGUCCACUUUCCUAUCUAGACAUCCUUCCAUUUAUCCUGCUACAUCACCUUAUCUUGAUGCACGGCAAUGUUUGAUUCAACCACAAAGAAGUAAGACAUACAAACAAAUGCAGGGGGAUUGAGAUGGUGUAGCUGUAAAAGCUAAAAGCAUUUGCCACACAAGCCUGAUGCUGGAUCCCUGGAACCCACUGUGGAAGGAGAGAACUAACUUGUGAAAGUCAUCCGUCUCCCUCCAUACAUGGGCUGUGGUGCUCAUGCACACAUGCACACACCAAACAAUAUAAAAGACGUACAGAAGUAAUGGUGGCAAGAGAAACACUUUUUAAAAAUGCACCCUGCUGGCUAGGUGUCUCAGCAGGUAAAGGCACUUGCUGGCAGGCCCUACGACACAGUUCUAUCCCUGGUGCCCACAGUGUGGAAGUAGAAAACCAACUUCCUAAAAGCCCCUUGGCCGCACAUGUACCAGGGCACUCCUACCCUACAGAUACAUCAGAUAUAAUAUAAACAAAAACAGUCUGAGGAGAAGUGGCAGUACAUGGAAAUACAUCUAAACUGGUGAGUUAUUGUAGUAGUGCUUUUCUGCAUACAACUGAACAGUGGCCAUAGGGUUAAGAGUUCACCUGUACUACAUUCCAGAAAAGGCAAAGCUGCAGGGGUAGAGAACCAAGUCUCUGCGUUUGCCUAGGUGUGGGGUGUGGAAGGAAUUUCCUACCAAGGGGCACGCAUAAGCUUUCUGAACUAGAGAACCACUUUUAUCUGUGUGUAUGUGUGUGUGGUUGUGGUGGUGGUUGAGACAGGGUUUUCCUGUGUAGCCCUGGCUCUCCUGGAACUAGCUUUGUAGAUCAGGCUGGCCUCAAACUCAGAGAUCUGCUAGCCUCUUUCUGCAGUCUCUGUCUCUUGAGUGCUGGAAUUAAAGGCACAGCACCACCCCCUGAUACCUGCAAAAUUCGGAGAGCUGUGGGCUAAGGAAGGUGAAUGUUAUAGAUGUAAAUGACAUCUCAAUGAAGGACUUAAUGAGCCGGAUGGAGGAGAGGUGAUUUCAUUCCGCAAGGAGGAAAAUAGAUAUGGGUGUUCAUUUAAGGCACACACAGAAUUUACAAAUGAAACUAUGGAUCAGUAAAGGGAGAUGUUAGCUAAUACAACCAUUAUACCGGGAUGCAAGGACUCCAAGGUGACGAUGAGACUCAGCAGUGUGUAGGGCUAGACGGCUGUGGGCGGGUUUGCACGCGGAGCGGUUGCAGGUCAGCCAGGAGGCGUGGCCUCGGCGCUGCUCCGGAGCGGAGUUGGGUUAUCCCAGGUGUGGGAACGUGGAGCUCGUGAGUCAUGGCCGCUCCCCGAGACGCUGAGAUCCACAAGGACGUUCAGAACUACUACGGGAAUGUACUGAAGACAUCUGCAGACCUCCAGACUAAUGCUUGUGUCACCCCAGUCACUUUGGUCCCCAAGUACAUCCGGGAAACUCUGAAGAAUGUACACGAGGACGUUACCUCGAGGUAUUAUGGCUGUGGUCUGGUUGUCCCUGAGCUCCUGGAAAACUGCUGGAUUUUGGAUCUGGGUUGCGGAAGUGGCAGAGACUGCUAUAUGCUUAGCCAGCUAGUUGGCGAGAAGGGACAUGUCACUGGAAUAGACAUGACUGAGGUCCAGGUGGAAGUGGCUAAAACCUAUCUUGAGUACCACAUGGAAAAAUUUGGUUUCCAGGCACCCAAUGUGGCUUUUAUUCACGGCUGCAUUGAGAAGUUGGCAGAGGCUGGAGUGCAGAAGGAGAGCUACGACAUCGUUGUAUCCAAUUGUGUUAUCAACCUUGUCCCCGAUAAAGAACAAGUGCUUCGGGAGGUGUAUCACGUGCUCAAGUACGGUGGGGAGCUGUAUUUCAGUGACGUCUAUGCUAGCCUUGAAGUGCCAGAAGACAUCAAGUCACACAAGGUUUUAUGGGGUGAAUGCCUGGGUGGUGCUUUGUACUGGAAGGAUCUUGCCAUCAUUGCCCAAAAAAUUGGGUUCUGUCCUCCGCGUUUGGUCACUGCCAAUCUCAUUACAGUUCAAAACAAGGAACUAGAAAGUGUCAUUGGUGACUGUCGCUUUGUGUCUGCCACGUUUCGACUCUUCAAACUCCCAAAGACAGAACCAGCUAAAAGAUGCCGAGUUGUUUACAAAGGAGGAAUCACAGGGCAUGAGAGAGAACUAAUCUUUGAUGCAAAUUUCACAUUCAAGGAAGGCGAAGCUGUUGACGUGGAUGGAGAGACUGCAGCUGUCUUGAAGAACUCACGUUUUGCUGGAGAGUUUCUCUUCACACCUGUCGGAGCCAUGCUGCUGGCUACCCAGGGCUGUUCUGAAUUAGAAACAAAGGAUAUAAUCAGAGAUCCAUUCAAGUUUGCAGAGGAAUCUGACAAGGUGAAGCCCAGACAUUCUCCUGACGGCGCUGGAGGCUGCUGUGGCAAAAAGAAAAGCUGCUAGAUGGAAGGCCAGCGCGGAGCUCACCGGCGAGCAGGCGGCAGCAAAGGAACGGCUCACAUAGGCUUUUAAACCCACUCUUCCCCCGUGCAGAGAUUACGGGAAGACGGCAAAGGCGCCACAAUCUAGAUUACUUAGACGUGUGAGUUUUAGAAGGUAUUAAUCUAAGGUUCACAGCAAAUCACUAGUUUUUCUAUUUCACUAUUUCAGAGUUCUGGGGCCACCUAGUGGUCAGAAGUAGAACUUGGAAGCUUAUUAAAAUUGGAGGAGGAUGGUGGGAGAACAUCUUCCUUCUGGCCUACCACAGGAUACAUCUGGAUUUUUCUGUGCUUACUCAGGAAGCAGAAGCCCUACUAAAACUAUGCCAAAAGAUUGUCAAGUCAAGUUUGGUAGGAAUACUCUUCAGGUCCCUGUCUUCAACCUUUUUUUCUUUCUUUCUGUAAUUGAAUGAAGAAUAAAAUGAAUAAUAAAUUUGA